AUGAACAGUGCCACGGCUGAGGCUGAGGCUGGGAUGUUCAGUCAAGUGGCAGCUAGGGCAUCCUGCCACGCUCUCACGCUGCUCGACUUCGAUAGGAGUCGAUGCCGGACGUGGAACGAGCAAGGUGCACGGGGGCCAGAGAGAGUUGCUCACGCGGAGAAAGCGGCAUGGUGCCAUAGAAUAAACCUACAUACACACGGCGCUUCUGUUUCAUGGAAAUCCCUCUCGUGCAAUGUAUAUCUCGUCUCCACUGAUUCUUCUACUUCUGGUGUAAGAAAAAACAUGGUUAUGUCGUAUAUUACACCCGUCUCUUACCUAAGUAGAUCCUCUGAUGCAAGAACUCAAGCCAAUAAGUUGGGUAAUACCACAGUGAGCAUCGCAUUUGCCGUCUCUUGCAUGGCUGUGCCAGGCUUGAGAAUUGUGGAAAGUCCUUUAAGUCACCGCCGCCAUCAAAACCCAUCAAGUUGGCGAGGAGGGCAGAUAGCCAAGUGCUCAUUCAUUCUUGAAUUGAUGUUGGGCCAACCAUAUCGAAAUAUUGCGAGAGCUCUCUGUAGCAUUUGGAAGAACGAACUUUACACCACAUUAAAUCUAAAUAAUAUAUUCAACUAUGGUUCACCUUCAUCUUGGAUCUUUGAUUCUCGGAAGCCUAUCUAUCACCUGCGAAGAGCUCUUUCGUUCUAUAAUGGAGAUAGGCCCAUCGUGGACUGCACCUGGUCCCUGUUCCACUUUUGGCGCCUCCUCUACACAGGGUUGUCUCGCUGCUGUUACCCUUCACAACCUCCCCCGGACAUGUUGCACACGAGCAGGGAGAGGAGGGUGCAAAGCGAGCAGGAAACGCGCGCGGCUCGUAUCCCCCGAGACGACGCCAUUUUCGCCUCGGACGUGGACGCGUCGCCCGCCGCCCUCUCUGCGCCGCCCUCGCCCAGCGUGGUGCAGGGGACGCGGCGGCGCCCUGGACCCCGGCCCCCCCCCGAGCCCCCUGGCUGCCCCACCGGCCAGGGGCAGGAGGGAGGCUCGGCCUGGCCUCUGUGGGCCUUGGCCGGCCAUCUGUGGGGCCAGUGGCUUGCUCUGCGGCCAGACGGUAGAGUCUUGCUCCUACACCUGGUGGCCGCCUCUGGCCUCGGCCCUCGUCCCGGCCAGACCCCUGCCCCUGCGCAGGACGUGCCUGUCGUUUGGCAAUCGACCCUUGCGCGCUCGGUUCAUUACCAUUGCCGUUGUUGUCCUGUGGUUGUGAAAGCACCACAAAGGCUUGCAAGGAAACCAUUGAUAGAGUCGAAUAAGAUGGAUAUGGAAGAUCACAGUAAUCUUGGUAUGCCCGACUCGGACAUGUUAAGUGACAUGAUCAGAGAGGAAAUACUGGAUGGUGAAGACUCGGAUCAGGUGCCUGAGGGCAUUCAGCCCGAAUCCUAUGAGAACAAUGAAGAACAAGAAGAGGAGGAGAUGAAAGAAACUGAUGAAGAAAACCUGCGCAAGCGCCCUCCUAGCGCAACUCCCAGUGACGAUGAACCCGCAUCAAAGAAACGCACCAAUGAAGUUGAUAAAUUGUGGAAGAAUGUGAAUGACAACCCAAAUGACUUCCAGGCCUGGACGUUGUUACUGCAGCAUAUUGAUCAGGUGGUCUGACAAGCUGUGGGAGGCAUACAUAAAUUGGGAGAGUGGUGGCAAGAGGUGGAAAAAUGUCACACAGCUGUAUGAAAGACUCCUAGCCACUCCAACAAGUAAAUACAUGCAGCACUGGCAAAAGUUCCAGGAGCAUGUGAAAAAGCACCUGCCAAGUGAAGUCGUUGGCGUGGAUGAAUUCCUCAGUUUGCGGCGGUCGGUCCUGACGGAGCUGAACCGCUCGGAUAUCGAGACUCCAGACGAAGCCCCCCCAGGCGUGGAGGCAGCCCCUGGCGAUGAGCAAGUGGGGACAAACGUGGAUGAAGAGACCAAAGCCCUACAGAAGAGUAUUAUAUCUGCACGUCAAAAGAUUCACGAGGCAAAUGUUGUAGAAGCUAAAGCAUUGUGGAGUUAUGAGGAUGCCAUCAAGAGGCCAUAUUUCCAUGUGAAGCCACUAGAGAAGAGCCAGUUGACAGCCUGGAGGAAUUACCUGGAUUAUGAGAUUAAGCAAGGAAAGGCAUCAAGAGUCAGAGUAUUGUUUGAGAGAUGCCUCAUAGCCUGUGCCUUGUACGAGGAGUUCUGGAUGAGGUACAUAAGGUAUCUGGAGGAAUCAGGAGCGCAAGAAAGUGAAGUCCGUGCAAUCUACCAAAGGGCUUGCCUCAUUCAUCUCCGGGACAAGUUUAGACCACAUCUUUCCUGGGCAGCAUUUGAAGAAGAGAAAGGUGAUGGAGACCGAGCCCUAGAGAUCCUGGAAGAUAUACAGACAAGAGUCCCUGGAAGUUUAGAAGCUUGGAUGCAAGCUGCUGGCGUUGAGCGUCGCAGGGGUAACAUGGAAGCUACAAAAGAAAUAUUUGAUCGCUGUCUUGCAAUCUGCCAAGAAAGGGAAGAUAAAAAUGCACACUCACAUGUAUCGCUCAAGUAUGCGAGGUUCCACACUUUGUUCUGUGGUGACACAGACAAAGGAGUUGAGAUCCUCAGAGAAGCUCAUGAAUAUAACAAGAAUAACAGCAAUGUGUUGCUAGCAUUGGUGGAUCAAGCUCUACUAUGCCAGCCUCCAAAAUUUGCUAUGGCAGCAGAAAUCCUGAAAGAGGGGCUUGAUUCGUGUCAGCAGCCUGGAACCAGACUCAUGUUUGCUCACAGAUACUUCCACUUCAUGUCUGAAUGUGGACAGGAGACAGACAGUGUGACCACUGGCCUGCGUGUUCUGAGGGAAGUUCAGAUGGAGGUGAGACAAAUGGAUGCAUGUGCGUCAGAAACAGAUACUGCAAGUAAUACCAGCAAGCAAGGAGAUGCAGCCAGUGGGGGUAUAUCUGUCAUUGAGUCACGGCGAGAGAAGAGAGGGAGCCAGGAGAAGACCAGUCCCAGCCCUGUCAAUGGCACAACAGGAACAGCACAGCAACAGCAGGCUGUCAACACAAAUUACCAAGGCUACCAGCAGGCAGGAUAUGGUGGCUACAACCAGGGCUAUGCUCAGGGCUAUGGAGCGUCACACUACCAAGGAUGGGGCUAUCCAGCUCAACAGGGUGGUUAUGGUUAUGGACAGCAGGGUUGGGGGGCCUAUGGAAGUUACUAUGGUCAGAGAUAAGAAUGAAAUCAUUCUUUUAAUUUUACUCCUUUUAAGUGAUUCACAGAUAUAAGUAAUCCUCCAUGUGUAAAGCAUGAUUGUAUAUUGGAAUGCUUUGUUAACAGGAUUUCCAAGUUGUCUAGGAGAUUGCAUCACUUUUUGUUGUAAGGUGAAUAAUGAUAAAGUUCUUGAUAUUCACUUAAGCCUUUCAGGAUUAGAUAUUUGUAUUGCGUCUCAUUAUGAUGAAAUUGGUUAACAUGUCUGGAAUGUACGAUGGAGUAUGUAUGUCUGGCAAUUUAGUAAUACUGUGGAUAAAUGUGAUUGCAAAAGUUUGUGUGCAUGAGACUAUACAAACCAGAGAAACUGUUAGAAACCUGAAAAUUACAAAUCCCAUCUUUAGCAUAUUUGACUAAGCUAUAAAGUACAGUUGCAUAGCACUAUAUAUAGGAAAUAUUCAGUGCAGAACUUGUUUAGAAACUUUUGUGAACUAAGUGAUGGGAAGUAAGGCUUUCAAUAUGUAGUGUUUGUUUCAGUGAUGGGUAAAAUAUAUAAGAAAGAGGCCUGGGUCUCCCAUUUUUAAAUUUUAAGAAAGUUUGCUUGUACACAAAAAAACUACUCUGGCACGAGAAAUUAAGAAUGUUUGCAUACAUAUUUUGUACAGAUUUUACUUUUUUGAAAGUUGACUAAUAAAGAAUAAGAAAUAUCUUUGAAAAUCAAGACUGGUAUUGUAAUUUGAAAAAUCCUUUUUUGUCUUUCUAGAAGAAUAUAUUUCAUUGAUAGAUGUUGUGUAUACCAGUUUGGUAUAAAGUUUCAAGUUAAAGGCUUUUAUACCUUAUUUUUACAGUAUGCUUCUUUUUACUUUGUUCUACAGCUAGUAGAGACCAAUGAAGUAAACAGUAAGAACAUUUAUGGUUCAGAAUAUUUUAUUUUCUCAUAAGGAUUCCCUUCUAAAGUGUAGAAAAUGACAGAAAUGAGUAAAUGAUAGAGCUGACAGUGAAUAUUUUUAUAGAUGCUGUAUAAAUUUGAAAAAGUAAUUAAAUUUACUAAAAUCCAUGUUCGUAAAACCAAAUAAGCUAAUUUCUUGUCUGUGUCCUAAGUUACUCUUACUUUUAUCACUUUGCAGUCGACAAUCAUAUCCAUGUAUGUCACGUAGGUGAACAGAUAUGCCAAACAGUCGUUUACUCAUUGAAAUGUUUUGAAACAUUUUGAGCCACUUAUUAAAUUGAAUUGUUUA